AUGCCCAACACAGAGUCGGUGAGCAGCUCUUGCACGUGCAAUUGCAAGGCCAACGGAUAUGGGCCCUCGUGCAUGCCGUUCAAUCUCUCAGCUGCUCUUCAUCCCCCACCGCCGCCAACCCCGCCGCCACCGCCGCCACCGCCACCACCCCCACCACUACCAUCACCACCAACGAUUGGUGAGUGCAUGAGCAACACGGAAUAUCCGGAGGUGACGCAGACGAUAGGAAGUGGGCUGUCGUGGCUGUGCUUCCGCAACGUGACAUUCAGCGGGUCACUUAUGCGUCUAACGGUGGAUAUCACUGCAAUGAAGGGUGAUGUUGCAUUCAUAAUAUUUGACAGAUGUCAGUGGUUGAACGGCGCCGUGCUAUUGCUGAAUGCGGGAAAUGGUGGCUCUACAGUAGGGGCGCUAAAUAUUGAUAUUAUUCACAACACAUUUGAGGAUGCGUUGCUGAGCCCAGAGGGUGUGUUCCCUCCCCAGACGAACAUCACAAUAAAAGGGAAUCACUUCCACAUAACCAAAAUACUCAAUCAUCCUUCUAUUACUCUUUCAAAUCCCACAUGUCUCGUAGUGAAUCAACUGAAUGUAAGUAGUCACUCUGCUGUCACACUUGUUGACAAUAUAUUUGAGGUUCUUGCACCCUCAGGACGUGCCGUUUACGUGAUAAAGGAUGCCCUUACGGUGAUGUCAAACUCCCUAUUCACUAUGGUAAACAAUACAUUCACUCUGGAUAAUGAAGAUGGGACGGCAUUCUACCUACAAGGGACGGUUACAUCAUAUUCGCUGCGUGUACUAGAUAACUCUGCGGUUGUUAUCCAAGGCAACACUGUGACAAAGACACUGUUGGACUUUGCUAUGCUUACUUGGAAGAUGGACGUAGAAUCUCUGUCGGCCUUUGUGUUAAAGAAUAACGAUGUAAUGUUGGGGUCCAGUUUGCUACAUGUAGAGCAGGGCAUCACAGUUGUUGGUGAUUCAUGGCUUCAGCUCGAAGGGAAUCGUGCAAACGGAGAUAGCAAGAAUGGAGUUGUGUACAUUUCCAACACAGUGAAGCUUGAAGACUCUACGGUGGCAGUGGGAAGGAACCUUGUUGUGUCUACUACAGGAAACCCCAAUAUUUUGGGUGGUCUCAUGUCAUCACAACCGGAUGUGGUACAAUCGACAAUGCUGCUGCACUGCAACAAGGUAAACGAUGUCGAGGUAACAAGCUACGAGAUUCCGCCAGCGUACGACCCCACGAUUGUGAGCUGCAGUAAUUUAUGCAGCCCCAUGACGUCAUGCUUUCCAGCAUACACUGCAUCAACACAUGAAUCAGCUGAAGGGUGUGUAUGUGAGUGUGCAGAGGGAGGCCAUGGCGAGAUGUGUCUUCCGGUUGAUACCCCAAACGAUGAAGUGGAUUCCUGCAUGCGUGACAUCACUGUGACGUGGGAGGUGAUCGAGGGCUUUGGAAAGUCGGAGGUGUGCUACGUGGGUGUGACCUUCACCACGGACGUCGUUGUAGACGUGAGUGCAAUGUCGGGUAACGUGCGCAACGUGACGUUCAUGAACUGCACGAUGGUUGGCAGCGCAAGCCUGUACGUUGUGGGUUGGGAGUCCAACCCGCCUGCUGGUCAGCGUGUGGAGGUGUGGAUCAGUGGGCUUGUUUCGCGCUCUGGUGGCGGGGUGCUGCUGGCGAACAGGUUCCCGCAAGGUUCGCGUGUCACCGUGGUGGACUCCUUGCUGGUCGCUGAGACGGCUGUUACGUACCGCAGCGGCUUCGACCUUGGGGGCGCGUCGGCGUGCCUUGUGUUGUACAAUGUGAAUCUAGCUGGUAGUGUGCUGACAGUUGCGCGCACGCAGGUGGUUGCGGUGUUCGGUGACGCGCGCGGUGUGCUUGUGGCCGGUGGCCUGGCGCUGUCGUCCGGUGGUGCGUUGUACAUGGAGCAGCUGUUGGUGCAGACGGCGCUGGGGUUGUGCGUGUCGAUGGAGGGCGACGUGACGGCAGCCGGAGGCUCGGUGCUCGCGUUUGUCGACAGUGACUUCUUGCUAUGCAAGUACGCGGUGUCUGUGCGUGGAACUUUUGAUGUGGCCGGCUCUGUUGUGGCGUUUGCGCGGAGCGACUUUGCGUCGACGCAGGACUACGCCGUUGCGUUUAAUUCAACGCUGAGUUUCACUGAGGGAUCGAUGCUGCUGAUGAAAGCUAACACGCACGACAACAGUGAGAAGGAGAUGAUGUACGCUGCUGGUACGGUGACGGCUAGCGGGAGCACACUGAGCUUUGCA